GCUUGGCUUUGGACUCUGCACUUUUCCCAGCAGCUUUCAUUCUUCCCUGUUGUUACCUCCCCUUCUGUUCUGUGAAGUUUUGGCUUUCAGAAGUGACUUUGCAUCUAACUAACAGAGUGGCUGCUGUGGCUAGCCCGUGAACAAAGAGCUUAAACAGAAGAAUGAGGGUAAUGUUUAUUGGAAUAAAGAUUAGCCUUUAAAUUCCUCAGGGGAAUGAACCAAAUCCAAUGUUUUCCUGUGAGCUGACAUUUUUUAUAUAGAUGCUGUUUUGGAUCUUCUGGAGAAGGGAAGGGGGAAAAAAACUUCAGCAAAUCAGCUUUUUCAUUCAGAAAUGGAAUUUGGGGGGCUGUCUUAGCAAGGCUUUUGACAGUCCCUGAUUUAAUGUUUUCACUGUGAUGAGAACAGUAGCUGUACAAAUCUGAUGAAAAUCUGAGUGAUGGAGGGUGUUGUUGAGGGGGAAACAGAGUGCGAUUAUUUAAAUAAUCCUAGGCCAAUAAGCAUCUGGUGGGUGGAGUUAGUGUUGUGUGCAUUAUAGGGCAAGAUAAUUCUGAAUGAAGACUUGAAACAUCACAUGUGCUGGACAGGCUCUAGUUCUGCUUUUUGUGCAAACAAAACAAGUGACAAGGUUUUGCCGACUAUCCAUUAGUGAGUGCAGCUCCUUUGAUAAGAUUAAAAAAUACAUGUAAAGGAUUUAUCAGAAACCCUUAUGAAUAUUUCAUGAGUUGAUAUAUUCAGCUGAAUGAAUUCAGUGAGUGUCAGUGUGUCGCUGGCAGACAAGCCUCAUCCACAAGGAGGCUACUGACAUAGGAAGCACUUUGGCGCAUUUUCAGAGGCGAAGCCAGGCUGAUAAAGCUCCUUGUGACAGCCUGAGUUACCAUUCUUCGAGUAUGCUGCUCUUGCUCUAAGCAGCUCAAACACUGGAGCCGCAGCUUCCGAAAUUAAACUGGAAAACAGUUUGCAGACUCAUCAGCCUCCUAACCUGCAGCUGUGUCUCUGCUAUGUUUGAGGUUUUUGUUUUGGGUGGUGAAAGCCAGCACUCCAUAUAAGACAUGACAGCAAGAGAGUCUUCAAAAGAACUUACUGCUUCCGAAUCUGAGGUUUGCAUAAAGACUUUCAAGGAGCAAAUGCACUUAGAACUGGAGCUUCCAAGAUUACCGGGAAACAGACCUACAUCUCCUAAAAUUUCUCCACGCAGUUCACCAAGGAACUCACCAUGCUUUUUCCGAAAGUUGCUGGUGAAUAAAAGCAUCCGGCAACGUCGGCGUUUUACUGUGGCUCAUACAUGCUUUGAUGUGGAAAAUGGCCCUUCCCCAGGUCGGAGCCCACUGGACCCCCAGGCCAGCUCUUCCUCUGGGUUGGUGCUCCAUGCCACCUUUCCCGGGCACAGCCAGCGGAGAGAGUCCUUUCUCUACCGAUCAGAUAGCGACUAUGAUUUGUCACCGAAGGCGAUGUCAAGAAACUCUUCACUUCCAAGCGAGCAACACGGCGAUGACUUGAUUGUAACACCUUUUGCCCAGGUCCUUGCCAGCUUGCGAAGUGUGAGAAACAAUUUUACUGUACUGACAAACCUUCAUGGAGCAUCCAACAAGAGGUCCCCAGCUGCUGCUAGUCAGCCACCUGUCUCCAGAGUAAACCUGCAAGAAGAAUCUUAUCAAAAAUUAGCAAUGGAAACGCUGGAGGAAUUGGACUGGUGCUUAGACCAGCUAGAGACCAUCCAGACCUACCGCUCUGUCAGUGAGAUGGCUUCUAACAAGUUCAAGAGAAUGCUGAACCGGGAGCUGACACACCUCUCAGAGAUGAGCCGAUCAGGGAACCAGGUUUCUGAAUACAUUUCAAAUACUUUCUUAGACAAGCAGAAUGAUGUGGAGAUUCCAUCACCCACCCAGAAGGACAGAGAAAAAAAGAAAAAGCAACAGCUCAUGACGCAGAUAAGCGGAGUGAAAAAACUGAUGCACAGUUCAAGCUUAAACAAUACAAGCAUCUCACGCUUUGGAGUCAACACAGAAAAUGAAGAUCAUCUGGCCAAGGAGCUGGAAGAUCUGAACAAAUGGGGCCUUAACAUCUUCAAUGUGGCUGGAUAUUCACACAAUAGGCCCCUCACAUGCAUCAUGUAUGCCAUAUUCCAGGAAAGAGACCUCCUAAAGACAUUCAAAAUCUCAUCUGAUACAUUUGUAACCUACAUGAUGACUUUAGAAGACCAUUACCAUUCUGAUGUGGCGUAUCAUAACAGCCUACAUGCUGCUGAUGUAGCCCAGUCAACCCAUGUUCUUCUUUCUACGCCAGCAUUAGAUGCUGUCUUCACAGAUUUGGAAAUUCUGGCCGCCAUUUUUGCAGCUGCUAUCCAUGAUGUUGAUCACCCUGGAGUCUCCAACCAGUUUCUCAUCAACACAAAUUCAGAACUUGCUUUGAUGUAUAAUGAUGAAUCUGUGUUGGAAAACCAUCACCUUGCCGUGGGUUUCAAACUGCUGCAAGAAGAACACUGUGAUAUCUUCCAGAAUCUCACCAAGAAGCAACGCCAGACACUCAGGAAAAUGGUUAUCGACAUGGUGUUAGCAACUGAUAUGUCCAAACAUAUGAGCCUGCUGGCAGACCUGAAAACAAUGGUGGAAACAAAGAAAGUUACAAGUUCAGGUGUUCUUCUCCUGGACAACUACACGGAUCGUAUACAGGUCCUUCGCAACAUGGUACACUGUGCAGACCUAAGCAACCCCACCAAGUCCUUGGAAUUAUAUCGGCAGUGGACAGACCGCAUCAUGGAGGAGUUCUUCCAGCAGGGAGACAAAGAGCGGGAGAGGGGAAUGGAGAUUAGCCCAAUGUGUGAUAAGCACACAGCUUCUGUGGAAAAAUCCCAGGUUGGUUUCAUUGACUACAUUGUCCAUCCACUCUGGGAGACCUGGGCAGAUCUGGUGCAGCCUGAUGCCCAGGACAUUCUGGACACGUUAGAAGAUAAUAGAAACUGGUAUCAGAGCAUGAUACCGCAGAGUCCCUCCCCACCACUGGACGAGCAGAACAGAGACUGUCAGGGUCUGAUGGAGAAGUUUCAAUUUGAACUGACCCUUGAAGAGGAGGAUUCCGAAGGCCCUGAAAAAGAGGGAGAGGGUCACGACUAUUUCAGCAGCACAAAGACACUUUGCGUGAUUGAUCCUGAACAUAGGGAUUCACUAGGAGGGACUGAUGUAGACAUUGUGACAGAAGACAAGUCCCCUAUCGACACAUAAUUGCCUUCUCCGUGUGGAGAUGAACAUUCCACCUUUGACAAGCAUGCCAGCUGUAUGGUAGGGCCAGCCCAUCACGGGGGCCUGGGCCUGCACGGGACAGGGCCAUGUGGCCUUUCCAGUUACUUGAGUUUGGAGCCAGAAUGCGAGACCAUGAAGCAGAUAGCAGUUCAGAAAAUUCCACGGCUGACUUGCCUUGCCUGCAAGCUUAGUGGAGAGCUGAAGCUUUAUCUGGUACUGGAGGCCAAGAUCAGAUCCUGAGUAAAUGGCUUGAAAAUAGAAGACACAAAACUGAGAGAUUUUUCUGCACUAAGUUUUGGGAAUCUGUCCCCUCUAGUGACUGAACUGACUGAUUAAUAACUUCAUUUAUAAAUCUGCUCACCUGUCCCCUUGUCUGCCAACCUGUGUGCCUUUUUUGUAAAACAUUUUCACGUCUUUAAAAUGCCUGUUGAAUACCUAGGGUUUAGUAUCAACUUCUACACAGAUAAGCAUUCAAAGUGGACAUAAACUUUUUUGACUCUUUCUGGGAAAAAAAAAAAAAGGAAAGCAAAUGGUCUUCCUUCUUUCUUGGGCAAUAUCUUUCACUUUCCUACAGUUACUUUUGCAAAUAGAAAGGACACGCUUCUAACCACAUUCUACUUCCUUCCCUUAUUGUCCCAUCCAGCUUGACGGUUGCCCGUAUAACUUAUCUCUGUUUGCCUGCUUACAGCAGUAUUUUUUCUCCUCUUAGAACUUCACUUCUUGUGCUGCAAACAGAAUAAAGUGAGCAAACUAAGAGGUAGGAAAGGGUAAUUGUGUUGUUCACAGUAACAGUCUGUGUAAAAUUCAGCUCCAUUAGGCAGCGCACCAUGUUAUGUCCUGAACCCCUGGGCCGCUGGGUGCUGCACGGUCCCCAUCCUAUCCCCUCCCCCAUCAGUCUCCACCCAGUUACCCUGUUUUCAAUUGGAUGCUGCCGUCUUUCUCUUGCACUGCCUUCUGUGCUAACACCUCCAUUUCUGUUUAUAACAGUAUAUUUAUUACUUAAUGUAUAUAAUGUAAUGUUUUGUAAGUUAUUAAUUUAUAUAUCUAACAUUGCCUGCCAAUGGUGGUGUUACAUUUGUGUAGAAAACUCUGCCUAAGAGUUGCGACUUUUCUUGUCACGUUUUUGUAUUGUGUAUUAUAUAACCUGGACAUCGCUUAAGAGAGACAUACGACCCCUUCCCCAGUGAGGACAUUCGUGGGCUUUUAUUCAGAAGGUCUGCCCUCUUCCCCAUCUGAGUUGCUAAUACUGCACAACCCCUUUGUGAACCAGUUUUGGAAACAGGAUUCUCACAUUAGAUACUAAAUGGUUUAUACUGAGCUUUUACUUUUGUAUAGUUUGAUAGGGGUAGGGGGCAAUGGGAUGUAGUUUUCACCCAUGUUCUAUCCAAAUCUGUGUAUGCAUGAAUUGGGUUAUAACUGGGUUCUACUAUAAUUGUGGCUUUGGUUUAAACAGUAACACUACAUUUGCUCGCAGGUGGUUCUUCUGAGUGUUCCCAAACUACUGACUUUGAAAGCCUCUUGCCUGCCAUUAAGCAGGAAUGUCAUGUUCCCAUUAAUUACAAAAAAACACAAUAAAACAAUGUGAAUUUUAUAAUAAAAUGUGAACUGAUGUAGUAAAUUAUGCAAAUGUGAAGCUUCCGAUAACACUUGUUAGGCCUCAUACUGACUUCAGUCUCCGUGUGUAAAAUAUAUUUCAUGCUUUCAGUUCAGCAUUGUAACUCACUAGUUAAAGAAAUGGCACAAACGUGCAUGACCGAUGGGUUUGUAUGUCUAUGAACACUGCAUUAUUUCAGGUGGACAUUUUAUUGUUUUCAAAAGUUUCUCACAAUGUAUGUUAUAAUAGUAUUAUUAUUAUUAUUAUAUAUUGUGCUCAAAUGCAUUCGUAAGAGACUUUUAUAUGAAAGUGAAUAAACAAAAGCAUGAUUAGAUUAGA